AUGAUUCCAUCUUCAACCUCCCAACGUCACACUUCCCAACACAAGCACAACAACGAUCAUCAUCAUGUACAUACCACUCAAGAAUCCCUCUCCGAGCUUUCUUUAGAUGAUACAGGUGAGGACUAUUUAGAUUCACUUUCCGCUGUUUCUUCGGACUAUGGCAGUCUUGCAUCAUUAAGUCAAUCAUCAGCAUCGGAACAUCAUGCCUUGUUGAUGAGCAGUACUCGUAAUGUUGUUGCACAUAACUUCAAUGAAUUACCCAAUGAAAUUCUUGUACAUAUAUUAAUUUUUUUAAACGGAGCACAAAUUUUAAAGUUAGAAAUCUUGUCCAAAAAAUUCUAUCAACUCAUUCAUCAUGAAGAUGAAUCCGAACGUCAAUACAAUAAGAAAAUAAGAAGAAAAAGAAUUCUUACCAAAGAGAAGAGAAAGGAGCAAAGAAGAUUAUCCAUUAAUUUAGCAACAACGAUAGCAUCUUCAGGUCUAGAUUUGCAUUCCAUUACUUCUGGUUAUGAAUUUUGGAUCUUUUUGAAUGAGGUUCAUUUCAAAGAGGAAACUCAAAGAAGAAGAAAAGAAUAUCCAUCAGCUAUUCAACCUAGAAUAUUUUACAUGUAUCAUUUGAAAGUGGCUUGGCUUAAUGAAAAGUAUGGUAUUGAAAAGGCAUUGAGGUCUCUUGAAGAUGCUUUGACUUCACACCCAUACUUUAAUGAAGUGUGUAUUUUUUCUCCACACUUGUUGAGAUUGUACUACUUGUUGUACUUGAUUGAUAGAGAUUAUGCAACUAUGGAUUUGAGAUAUCACCCUUUUGAAGAACUCAAACUUGAUGUGGAAAAACAUGUGACACCCAUUGCCAAACAUGUGAUGGAAAAGGACAUCAUGCGAGUUGGACAAGGCUCAAUGAAAAUGAUUGCCAUUGUAAAAUUAUCACCAAAAGAUGUAUUGAGAAAUGUACAACCAGGUCAACAGGAAUCACUCACACAAGAACAAAUGGCUCAACAAAUCUUGUUGGAAGCAUAUUCUGAUAAAGAUUUUAGAGAUGACAGAGAUGUGAGCAUGGUCAAGUUUAUUCAUGAAAUGAAUCCAUCAUCACAUGCAAAUUAUAGAUAUCAAUUAGAUGAAGAAGAUGUUGGUGAUAAAGCUGGAAAGAUUACUAAUACGCUAAAUGCCAUCUAUAGAAGUUGGUAUGCCAAGUGGAGAGAUGUAAUUAACAAGAAUCGUGACUAUCAAUCUUUCAAGAGUUAUGAUUUUAGAGAGUUGGAGACAAUUAAGAUCAAUUCUGGAUUCACCUACGACAAUGGACUCAGAUGUGCAAAUAGCUGGAUCAAACGAGAUUAUGUUUAUACAAAAUUAUUGCAGAGACAAUUACAUUAA